GCGGGUCAAAGCUUCUUCUUCCGGUCAACAGAGCAGCAAAUAAUCACGAGAGGAGAUAAAAUACCACAACUGUCUUAUUUCCCCAUCAGAAACCGAAUCAGAAAAUGUUGAGGAGGAAACCGACUCGUCUGGAGCUGAAGAUUGACGACACAGAAGAGUUUGAGAGCGUCAAGAAGGAGCUUGAGGCCAGGAAGCGUCAGCGAGAAGAGACAGAGUCAGGAGGUGGGGUGGGCGGGGCUUCUGUCAUUGGCGUCGACAUAAUCAGGGGCGGGGCCUCAGCAUCCUCCACAGCAGCAACAAGGGCGGAGCUCAUCAAUGAGCGAAUUGGGUACAAGCCCCACCCCAAGCCGGCCACACUGCCGACUUUAUUUGGAAGUUUGCAAUUUUAACCCUAAUAAAAAUAUUUGGAUUGGAUUAAAAAUUCCUGAUUAGAGAAAAAAAUAAAAACGGACAAAAGGAGAAACAGAAAUAUAUCACAAAACCAAAAUACAUUAGUUGCUUAAACAAAAUAUUAAUGGUAAAGUUGAUCAACAUGGAGUAAUUUUUAAAUCUGUGCCUUUAUUAAUUUGUCAUUUUAAAGAGUGGUCCACUCUGAAAUAAUCAAAUUGUGAAAACAUUUUUAUUUCGUAAAAUAUUGUUGUUUCAAAUCGAGUUGGAAGCAACAAAACUACCAGCGCUACACAGCAACCACCACACUGACAGAAAACACAACACACUCUGAGAGGAUAAUUCUAAGAUUGCUACAGAAGGGCUUACGAUCAGUUUCUUCAUUUAAACCUGGCAAUAUUAAAGCAUCAAUUUAAAAAAAACCAAUAAAGUUUUUUUUUCUGGU